AUGACACCAGACUACAGCAGCCUGACACCAGACUACAGCUGCUUGACACGAGACUACAGCAGCCUGACACCAGACUACAGCAGCCUGACACCAGACUACAGCUGCUUGACACGAGACUACAGCAGCCUGACACCAGACUACAGCAGCCUGACACCAGACUACAGCAGCCUGACACCAGACUACAGCAGCCUGACACCAGACUACAGCAGCCUGACACCAGACUCCACCCCCCGACUCUGUACCGUACCCAUCUACCAGUCCUCCCCCUCCAUCGCUGAACAGUACCCCUCUACCAGUGUCCCCCCUUCCAUCUCUGAUGAGUACCCCUCUACCAGUCCCCCCCCUUCCAUCUCUGAUGAGCACCCCUCUACCAGUCCUCCCCCUCCAUCGCUGACCAUACCCCUCUACCAGUCCUCCCCCUCCAUCGCUGACCAGUACCCCUCUACCAGUCCUCCCCCUCCAUCUCUGACCAGUACCCCUCUACCAGUCCCCCCCCCUUCCAUCUCUGAUGAGUACCCCUCUACCAGUCAUCCCUCCUCCAUCUCUGAUGAGUACCCCUCUACCAGUCCUCCCCCUCCAUCGCUGACCAUACCCCUCUACCAGUCCUCCCCCUCCAUCGCUGACCAGUACCUCUCUACCAGUCCUCCCCCCUCUAUCUCUUACCAGUACCCCUCUACCAGUCCUCCCCCCUCCAUCUCUGAUGAGUACCCCCUCUACCAGUCCUCCCCCUCCAUCGCUGACCAUCCUCCUCCCUCCAUCUCUUACCAGUACCUCUCUACCAGUCCUCCCCCCUCUAUCUCUUACCAGUACCCCUCUACCAGUCCUCCCCCCUCCAUCUCUGACCAGUACCCCUCCACCAGUCCUCCCCCCUCCAUCGCUGACCAGUACCCCUCUACCAGUCCUCCCCCCUCCAUCGCUGACCAGUACCCCUCUACCAGUCCUCCCCCUCCAUCUCUGACCAUACCCCUCUACCAGUCCCCCCCCUCCAUUUCUUACCAGUACCCCUCCACCAGUCCUCUCCCCUCCAUCUCUGACCAGUACCCCUCUACCAGUCCCCCCCCUCCAUCUCUGACCAUACCCCUCUACCAGUCCUCCCCCUCCAUCUCUGACCAGUACCCCUCUACCAGUCCCCCCCACUCCAUCUCUUACCAGUACCCCUCCACCAGUCCUCCCCCUCCAUCUCUGACCAUUACCCCUCUACCAGACUCCCCCCCUCCAUCUCUGACCAGUACCCCUCUACAAGUCCUCCCCCCUCCAUCUCUGACUAUACCCCUCUACCAGUCCCCCCCCUCCAUCUCUGACCAGUACCCCUCUACCAGUCCUCCCCCUCCAUCUCUGACCAUACCCCUCUACCAGUCCCCCCCCUCCAUCUCUAAUCAGUACCCCCUCUACCAGUCCCCCCCCUCCAUCUCUGACCAGUACCCCUCUACCAGUCCCUCCCCUCCAUCUCUUACCAUACCCCUCCACCAGUCCUCCCCCUCCAUCUCUGACCAGUACCCCUCUACCAGUCCCCCCCCUCCAUCUCUUACCAGUACCCCUCUUCCAAACCCCCCCUCCAUCUCUUACCAGUACCCCUCUACCAGUCCUCCCCCUCCAUCUCUGACCAGUACCCCUCUACCAGUCCCCCCCCACUCCAUCUCUUACCAGUACCCCUCUUCCAAACCCCCCCCCCUCCAUCUCUUACCAUUACCCCUCUACCAGUCUCCCCCCUCCAUCUCUGACCAGUACCCCUCUACCAGUCCUCCCCCCUCCAUCUCUGACCAGUACCCCUCUACCAGUCCUCCCCCCUCCAUCUCUGACCAGCGGUAA